AUGUCCACUUCCAACAGAGCACUUGUCUUCAAGAGCGUUCCUCGCGGCCUGCCAGUCCCCGGAAAAGACCUGACCAUUGAACCUGUCGCCCAACCCGACCUCAACACCGCCCCUGAGAACGGAAUCUUGGUGAAGUCACUCUACGCGAGCUUCGAUCCAUACAUGCGUGGUCGCAUGCGCCCAGUCGAACGAAAGUCAUACUCGCCGCCAUAUCAACCCAACGCACCAAUUGACAGUUUCGGUAUUGGAAAGGUUCUGAAGUCCAACACCCCUGUAUACCAGGAGGGACGGAUCAUUAUCGGCGAACUGCCCAUCCAAGAGUAUGUUUCACUGGAUGAGACUUCUAUUCAGAGAGUUCGUCCCCUUGAGAGCCCAUUAGGACUAGAGGAUGUCCGCGCGUUCCUAGGCCCGCUGGGAAUGCCCGGGCUAACGGCGUACUCGUCCUUCUACGAAAUCGGGAAGCCGAAGAAAAACGAGACGAUUUUCAUUUCUGCUGCUAGUGGCGCUGUGGGUCAGAUCGUGGGACAACUGGCGAAGCGCGAGGGACUGAAAAUCAUUGAGAGUGUGGGCUCCAAUGAGAAGCUGGACUAUAUCAUGAACGAGCUUGGUUUUGACGGCGGCUUCAAUUACAAGCGCGAGAAGCCGCGCGACGCUCUUUCACGCCUGGCACCGCAGGGUAUCGAUAUUUACUAUGAGAAUGUUGGUGGUGAGCACCUAGAGGCCGCCCUCGAUGCAUUGAAUAAUUUUGGGCGCAUUGUUGCCUGUGGCAUGAUAUCGGAUUUUAGUGGUGUCCCUUAUCCUGUCAAGAAUCUGCACCAUGUUAUCACGAAGCGUCUGGCCAUGCGAGGUUUUAUUGUCGCAGACCCGGAAUUUAACCAAGCAUAUUCCAUGGAGCAUCAGCAGAAUUUGCAGAAAUGGAUAAAGGAAGGCUCGAUUAAAUGUCUGUUUCAUGAGACUGUGGGUGUUGAGAACGCUGCGGAGGGACUGGUCGGCAUUUUCCAGGGGAAGAACAAGGGGAAGGCCUUGUUGAAAUUUUGA